GCCGAGGAUUGUAUGGAGUAAGAAAAUGGGCCUUCCUCCGAAAUGGUAUAGUCCAUCAACAUUGGCACCAAUCGCGCCAAAUUCGCGCGUUUCGAUACCGUAUUUUGUGUGAGCUGCUGUAUGUCCAUCGAAGACCGAUGCUCCCUGCCGUGUGUUAAAAAUGACAAGCGUCCGACAUUGUGCCAGGAGGGCGAGUUGCUGUGUAAAAUCAGCAUCUUGCUGGUGCUAAGAUCUGCGCCAGGAGGUCAAAUGGCUGGUCCAUCACUGCACAAGCAUUCCAGCUGUCCAGCAAAUGGAGAGAAGCCAUUUCAGUGCCCUUCAUGUGCUCAAAGGUUCCCACGAAAGUGUAAUCUCAAUCGACACCUGCGCACCCACACAGAUGAGAGGCCAUUUCAGUGCCCUGCGUGCCCUCAAAGCUUCAAAUUAAAGAGUCAUCUGAACCAGCACCUGUGCGCCCACACAGGCGAGAAGCCAUUUCAGUGCCCUUCGUGCCCUCAGAGCUUCUCACGAAAGUGUAUUCUGAACCGACACCAGCGCACCCACACAGGCAAGAGGCCAUUUCAGUGCCCUUUUUGCCCUCAGAGAUUUUCACAAAAGAGUAAUAGGCACCAGCACCUGCGCACCCACACAGGUGAGAAGCCAUUUCAGUGCCCUGCGUGCCCUCAAAAUUUCACACGAAAGAGUCAUCUGAACCAGCACCUGUACACCCACACAGGUGAGAAGCCAUUUCAAUGCCCUUCAUGCCCUCGAAGCUUCUCACGAAAGAGUACUCUGAACCAUCACCUGUGCACCCACACAGGUGAGAGACCAUUUCAGUGCCCUGCAUGCCCUCAACGCUUAAUACUAAAGACUCAUCUGAACCAGCACCUGCGUACCCACACAGGUGAGAAGCCAUUUCAAUGCCCUUCAUGCCCUCAGAGUUUCUCACAAAAGAGUAUUUUGAACCAGCACCUGUGCACCCACACAGGUGAGAAGCCAUUUCAAUGCCCUUGUUGCCUUCAGAGAUUCUCACGAAAGAGUACUCUGAACCAGCACCUGCGCACCCACACAGGUGAGAAGCCAUUUGAAUGCCCAUCGUGCCCUCAGAGCUUCUCACAAAAGAGUCAUCUGAACCAGCAUCUGUGCACCCACACAGGUGAGAAGCCAUUUCAAUGCCCGUUGUGCCCUCAGAGCUUCUCACGAAAGAGUCAUCUGAACCAGCACCUGCACACUCACACAGGUCAGAAGCCAUUUCAAUGCCCAUCGUGCCCUCAUAGCUUCUCACGAAAGAGUCAUUUGAACCAGCACUUGAGCAUUCACACAGGUGAGAGGCCAUAUCGGUGCCUUGCAUGCCCUCUGAGCUUCUCACGGAAGAAUGCUCUGGACCGACACCUGCGCACCCACACAGGAAAGAAGCCAUUUCAAUGCCCAUCGUGCCCUCAGAGCUUCGUACAAAAAAAUUGUCUGAACCGACACCUGCACACCCACAGGAGAGAAGCCAUUUCAAUGCCCUUCAUGCCCUCAGAGCUUCUCACAAACAUUCCUUCUCACAAAAGAGUGCUCUAAACGAGCACUUGUGCGCUCACUGGUGAGAGGCCAUAUCAGUGCCUUGCAUGCCCUCUGAGCUUCUCACAGAAGAAUGCUCUGAACCAACACCUCCACACCCACACAGGAGGGAAGCCAUUUCAGUGCCCUUUAUGCCCCCAAAGCUUCUCACAAAAGUCGACAUGGAAGGUUCACCUGCACUUCCACUAAUGUGAGAGGCUGUUUCAGAGCCGUUCAUGUCUUGAGAACUUCUUGUGGAAGUCUGCAUUAAACCAACAGCCACACAGGCGGGCGGGCAUUUCAGUUCCCUGCAUGCCCUCAACAAUCCUCAAAAGUCCUUACUGAAGGACCACCUGUGCAUCCACUCAGCGAGAGGCCAUAUCAGUGCUCUUCAUGUACUCGGAUGUACUCAUGGAAAUUCGCACUGAACUUCACUGCCACUAAUGUGAGAGGCUGUUCACGGUCCUUCAUGUCCUGAGAACUUGUUGUGGAAGUCUGCACUGUACCGACACCCGCUCGUCCACACAAAGUCCAUAGUGAAGGACCACCUGUGUAUCCACUCAGGGAGACGCCAUUUCAGGGCUCUUCAUGUCCUCAGAGUUACUUGCAGAAAUUCGCACUGAACUGACAUGCACAACCCACAUAAGCGAGAGGCCAUUUCAGUGCUAUUUCUACCGUCAAACCUUCGGACAUAAAAGCCACCACAAGUGCACCUGACACGUGCGGUGCAGCAGCGCUGAGUUGUGUGCACUUUCCAUUGUUCCUUCUUGCUUUUCAUGUUUUCCUUAGUUUUUUCAUGGAAGCUCAGCAUAUGUGUAGGCCUGUAGUUCUAUACUAGGAUGAAACAUUGCAAGUCUUCACUUUUUGUUAUUAUGAUGUUUAAGCUCUUUGUUGCAGACAAGCACUUCUUUCUGCAUUGAAGCAUUUAACUGCUAUUUACUAAGUCAGUUGUGCGAGUUCAUUUUAGUGCACUAAAUAAAAUUUGGGAUUGCGUUUUGUUAAUUAUUGAUAUUUCAAUACUUGCACUAAUACCAUGUAAUGUUUCAAUUCCUUUGCAUUUGUUGUGCUGAACACUUAAAGAGAAUUUGAGUGGAUAUUUAUUAUUGCUGUGUAAUGCAAUUAUGUGCUUUUUUUAUUCCUACUUUGAUUCAAGUGGUUUCAGCGAUACUAAAUGCACUAAUUUUUUUGCUCGUAAAUAUCCGUGCAGACUUUUGAGACCCUUGAAAAUUGCUUCAUAAUAAAACAUUCUUCUCAUGGA